AUUUAAAUAAAUUUAUACAAUGUAGUAUUACACAUGAGUAUAUUUAUAUGGGUGUGUAAUAAAAGAAGCAUUUUUAUUUCUGUUAACUUCACUAACUUUGGUAAGUAGGUAGUUAGAUCAUUGACUUGGAUUCACAGACAAGGUAAGUAUGCGAGUGUAUGUACAUAUACUUCGUAUGAAAAUGUAUGCCAUCUAGCGUAAAGAAGGAGUAUUCAAAAUAUAUAUAUUUUUCCGAAGUGGAAUGAAAAAGAUGUCCGAUACAGGGAAUUACUAUGUGCUUGCUUGGACGUAAAGAAGAUAUUUCAUAUCUUAUUAUUUUUGGAACGAAAUAUUUUGGACCAAAAUAACGUUUAUAUAUAUUAUUUAUAUAUUAUACGAUAUUAGAAUUCAAACUGUUCUCGGUUAUUGCACUAACCUCAAGAUCUUUGUUAAUCAGCUGUGUUGCUGAUAUGAUAUUGACAUUCAUUCAUACAAGUCAAUACUAGUACAUACUAUAUUUAUUAUUUGCGAAAAUAAUGAAUUCUUCGCUCAUUGAGCAAUGACGAAUGCUGGUUUACCAAGUUGAAGGUGGUUGUAUUAUACAUUAAAAAAGCUGUACUUUCUCUUUUGUAUAAUUAUAGAGUAAUAAAACAUUUUAUCUUUAUGACACAUUGAAGAAUUUUAAGUCACAUAGAUAGUAUUUGCAAAUACUGUGAGAAUGGACAGCCUUUUCAUACAAAAUAUUUCAGACGAACCAGAGGAUAUACCACAAAUAGAUGAACCAGUAUGGAUUCUUGGGAAAAAAUAUAAUGCCAUAAGAGAACUGGACAUAAUUCGUAGGGAUAUAAAAUCCAAGUUAUGGUUCACUUACCGAAAAAAUUUUGUGCCUAUUGGUGGUUACAAUUCUACAUUCACAUCCGACAAAGGUUGGGGUUGUAUGUUAAGAUGUGGUCAAAUGGUUCUUGGUCAAGCUUUAAUUAUAUUACAUUUAGGUAGAGAUUGGCAAUGGACCGCAGAAACUAGAAACAGUACGUACCUGAAAAUUCUAGAACGUUUUGAAGACAAACGAACUGCUGCUUUCUCUAUUCAUCAAAUUGCAUCAAUGGGAGCAUCAGAAGGAAAAGAAGUUGGACAAUGGUUUGGACCCAACACAAUAGCACAAGUAUUAAAAAAAUUAGUUGUGUUUGAUGAAUGGAGUUCAAUUACAAUACACGUUGCUUUGGAUAAUACAUUAAUAGUUAAUGAAAUUUUAAAGCAAUGUAGAGUAGAAGGAGGUACAACAGUGGAAGCUGAUGGUGCUGUACCAUUGAAAGCACCUAGCCAAUGGAAACCUUUAUUACUUUUAAUACCUCUUCGCCUUGGAUUAAGCGAGAUUAAUCCAAUCUACAUUAACGGUCUUAAAACUUCAUUCAAAAUUCCACAAUCUCUAGGAGUAAUAGGAGGAAAACCUAAUCUUGCACUAUAUUUCAUAGGAUGCGUCGAAAAUGAAGUAAUUUAUUUAGAUCCUCAUACAACACAAAGAUCGGGUAGUGUUGGCAAAAAACUAGAAGAGGAAGAGAUUGAAAUGGAUGCUACCUAUCAUUGUAAAUCUUCUAGUCGUAUACCUAUCACAGGAAUAGACCCUUCUGUAGCACUUUGUUUCUUUUGCGCAACUGAAAAGGACUUUAAAUCUUUAUGCAAAUCUAUUCAGGAAGAAUUAAUAACACCAGAAAAGCAACCUUUACUUGAAUUAUGUGCAGAAAGAUUAGCACAAUGGUCACCAGUUGAAGAUAUAGCUUCAGAAGCUAUAGCAACUUCAACUUUUGUAGAUUUUGAACAUAUAGAUCCACAAUGUGAUACAUCUGAUGAAGAGUUUGAAUUACUUGGUUGACAUUUAAUCAACAAUUAACAAAAUCUACGAUAUAAAUAAUGUAUAUAUAACAUCAAAAAUGACCCAUUCGUACAUAAAAUACAACCAUUCAUUCAAUAUCUACAUUUUACUUAAACUAGUACUAUUUCAAAGUACUAGUAAUUGAAUAAUAAAAUAAUUUAUAUCAAAUAAUUAAAAUAUUGUAUAUAUUACUUAUACUUACAUUUUUUGGACAUGAGUGAUCUAUUCACAUUGUUAAUAUAAUAUAAUUUUGAUAUGAACGAAUUUUUCUAUAAAGAGUAUGUUCAAAUCACAAAUAAAAAGAUAUUUAAUUUUACAAACAGCACAGAAUGUACUUACUUACUUUUUGCACCAAUGAAAAAAAUUAAUACUAAUAUAUAUUAAGUCUCGUAAAUAGUUAAAUUAUUUUAAUAAUUAUACGUUAAAAAUAAUUUAAGUACACAAACAUACACAUAUUUGAUUAAUAAUAAAUUAAUUUUAAAUAUAAAGUAUACUAUGUGUAAUAUUUAUUUAUUUAUUUAUUCUCAAACUGUACAAUAGAAAAAGUUACUUAUUAGUUGGACUUGGUAAAAAUAUAAAAAAUUAAGAACACUCAUGUCCUUAAAAUAUUUUUGCCUUCUUUAACAGAUAAUGCAUGUGAUGAUCAUAAUAUAUAGUGAUAUGUCUACAAUGGCAUGCAAAAGUUUUCAGUCAGAUAAUUUUCACUAUACAUUUCAAAAGUGAUAUCUAAAAAUUUUUAAUUAAUAUUGGAUAUUGGGUAUAUUGGAUACUGACUGGAAAUUUUUAAACAUGCUAGCUUUACAAUUUUUAGAUAACUGUAACACACAAUAUAAUAGUGUUUAUUUGACGUAUUGUUUUCCUUUAUUUCCGAUACACAUGUAUCUAAUAUUGCUUAAAAAUUUUUUAGAUGUCUAUUUUGGUAUAUACUGUAUACUAAAAGAUCUACUUCACCGGGAACUUUUGUACGCCAUUGUAUAUCGUAAAUUUACAAAAAUGAACAAAAAUCAAAUUGAAUAUUUAAAUAUAAAAAAACUUGAUUAUAACUUUAUACAUUAUUUAUUUAAAAAAUAUGUUGAUAAUUCAUAAAGCUAAAAUUUAAAUCCAGGAAUGUAAAAAUUUAUUAACAUAAGUAUAUGAAAGAAAAACAAACUGAUUUUUAUAUUGAUUUACAUUAUGUAUUAUUGCAUUAAUACAUUUUCGAUUUUAUAGAAUUUAUAAUAUUAACUACGUUAAUAAUAAAAACUUCCACAAUUUCAAAGUUAUAUAAAGUGCAUAGGAACAAUAGAUAAAAUUUUAUCAAAAAUAUUCAAUGAUGUUUUAUAGUUCGAAGUUAUAUACAAUUAAAAAUUUUAUAAAAUGACAAAAAAUAUUACUAUUUCUACAUAUACUUAAACAAACUAUUUUAAUGUUAUGUUAUUCUAUGUGGCUAAUAGUUGAAUUUGUAUUCAAAUUAAAUGAGAUUUAUAUUACAAUCUAAUAUAAAUAUAUCUACAUUUUUAUAGAAUUGACUAAAAACAUAAAAAAAUGGCUAGUUUAUAGCUUACUAAGUACUUGUUACAUCAAAAAUAUGAAAAUUUAACAUCAUGUGAUACUUAAAUAAGUAUACACUUUCAAACAUGAAAUUAAUUUUUAAUGAAUAAAUAUUUUGUAGUAUAAUGUUUAAGAUCAAUUUUGGCAGCACUUUAUAAACAACAAAAUGUAUUUAUUUGAAUACUAUAAAAUUUCUUGUACUUCAAUUUUUAUAUAAUAAAGUAAAGUAUACAAUUUAAAAA